UACCACUUAUUUUUCAGUGAAAAUACUUGUGACAGGGCGACUUUGGCUAGGCGAUACUUGAUUUGUUCUUUAUUAGCGACAACGACACCGGUUUUAUUAGCGACACCGGCAUCCUGAUGAAACUGUAAGUUGAUCUACUUCCCCUUUUUUCACCAAGAUUACAUUUCGUAAGAAAACGAAAACAACACCAUGUCUACUAUUACGAUAAGUUCUACAGCUGCUACGACGUUAUCGUCCAAAGCGACGAAUCCAUGGCCAUUGACCCUUAGUGGUCCUUCAUGGGAGGACGUUGUGAGCUGUCUUGAACAAGAGGAUGAGGCGCCCGCUGAAGUCCUCUACCGUAUGAUCUUCGCGGCACGUAGCAAAGCACCUUCGAAAGGAGAAGCUAUCAGAGUCCUUUAUGCGGGAUUAGCGAAGCAGGAUGCACAUGCCGAACGAGAAAGAAAAGAAGGUCUAUAUCAUAGUGGAACUACAGCAUCACUUCAUCUGCUAACUACACCAAGCUCGUCAAGCUCAAGUUCAUGUGGAGGUGCUAAGAAUAGUUCUGUACUCUUUCGACAUGAGUGCUGUUAUUUGAUGGGGCAGGUUGGGGCGGACACUGCAGACUGGACCGAGAAACGAAUGGCUUUCGAGUUUCUCCUUCGGGUUCUAGUUAUGGACGCGGAAUAUACUAAUACUUGCCUAGACGUCGACUUGUAGUUGAUGUUGUACGCUGUUAAUGUUCCUCUAGUACUAGUGGAUAAUUCGUGUGAAAAUAUCCAAAUUUUUGUUUGCUCUAAUUUCCAAGACGAAACCGAGCACGAAGUGACUAGACACGAAGCAGCAGAAGGCAUUGCUGCAGUUUUCAGCAACAAUCUGAGAGAAGAGGAUGAGUUGAGGGUACUCGAGUUCUUUGAAGAAAACUUCGCGCGAAAGAUACAGGAAUCCGAAGACGAUGAAGAAAUAGCCUCAACAACAACGGGUGGUUCUGCGACACCACCGUCCUCUGCUGAGGAACGAGAAGAACCAGAAGGAGUUGGUCAAGGUGUUGCUACUUUGGAAAAUUCUUCUACGACGAGGACGCUAAUGGAGGUUCAAAACGAUAGUCCGAGUACAAGAACUAGGAGAGACCGGAUCAAUGCAGCUUUGAUUCAAUUGCUUUCCAGGUACUUCGAAGGACCAGAUGGAACAAGAACUUCUUCAACAAAGGAAGUAGGACGUUGCUCUUCCUGGUCUCCUUUAGCGCAAACCUGUUUCUUAGCUGUAGAGGGCUUGAAGAGGAACACGUCACGCAUGUGCGCUUGCCAGUAUUCGUCGUAUGAUCCUGCGUUGGGUGAACUAGGCGCAACAGAAGCAGACAUCCCAAGACUAGGAGCACAACUGAUGAACGAAGAUCAUAGGAUAGAAGACGAGGAAGCAUGCGAAUUGGUUGGUGGUUCAGAAGUAGAGACCGCUCUGGUUGCUUGCAAAAGGAUCGAGAACAUCAAGGCAUUGAUGUACAAGAGAUAUGUUGCGAUGUUUACACUGCGGAAUUUACAGGCAGUCGCACCACUGGCAGAAGCACUGCAACGUGAUGAGUCCAGUCCAGUCCUGCGACAUGAAAUCGCGUUUAUUUUAGGACAGAUGGAACAUGAUCACGAUGAUUCUAAUCAGAGUCAGACUCUACCUCCAGGCAUCGCAGCCCUCCUAGAGAAUUUGGCGAAAGAAGAUGAGCAUUCUAUGGUUCGACACGAAAGUGCGAUUGCUUUAGGGACUGCCUGUGGUGAGGAUUAUGGCAGGAUGUCUGCUAAGGAAGUAUAUCUACAUGCGCCUGUACUAGUUGAAGAUGUUGUACACGGAGGACAAUCACAAGGACAGCACGAACACCUAUCGUCCACUUCGAUAGCUGACGUGAUUGUCCAAGCACUAGAGGUGUACGCCCUCGACCCGGAACCCAUAGUGGCUGAAAGUUGCCUAGUUGCGCUGGACACAAUCAGAUACUGGAGGAUGUGGGAUGAAGAAGAAAAAAGAAUUCUUGGGGACUCAUGAUGAAGAUGUUCUGCUUCACCCAAGGAAGUACGAAAGCAUGACCAGCACUAUGAUUAUGACAAGUCUCAGCAUCUUUGUUUUUCACCAUAGUGAAGAAGAAGAUGACCCUUUCUUAAUGCCCUCUGUCUCGCUAUUGGAACCCGAACCCAAUUGAAUUUGGAAAACUGAGUUGAUCCGGUGAAGAUUGAACGUGAUCACGACUCGUGGUCCGAACGUUUAAUACAACGAUCUUGCCAUACAGAACUACGUGAUCUGUUUGACUUUUCCGAAUGGACCUUCCGCUACUCGGAUUGAGACUUGCGCCAGCGAAUCUGGCCGCCCGCCCAGCCUGCUUGCCAACUUCUGUAGAUAGAUGCUAGUCGCUGAUCUUCGACAUUCUUAUCCAUCAUGAUGAGCUACCGUCUUCUAGUCCCUUCGUGGUCAACCUGUUCUUGUUCUUGGAUCCGGUGAAGAUUUGUGGUCAACCUGUUCUUGUUCUUGGAUCACUCUGUUUUCGCGACCACUUUCUUGUUGGGGUACACGUCGUCGAAGCCAUAUUUAUAGAAAUAUGUUGGCGUGAUCCCUUGUCAGCCUCAGGGGUCUCGUACGGGAAGACACUCGAAGAGACUCCUCUAGUGGUUGUGCGAAGUGUGGUUAGAAGCUACAAGAAAGUGGACAUGACCUAGGAACUAGCGCAACCAACGUGGAUGUCUCAUCUGCGUCCUCGUUUGCAAUUGAGUCAAUUAAGUAACAAGAGCGAAACAAAAAUCGCCGGUGUGCGUUUAAAUCACCACGUGUGUAGAGAUCAGGUGUAUAGAGUGCAAACCGCUUUGAUGGGAAAUUGUCUGGCGUCGCAUUCUCAUCGAAAUUGAAAUCUUGACUUUUUCUCCAAAAAAUAUGAUAGAAAUGAAAAAGGCACGUUGUGAUGUAGUGUUUUUCACGAGCAAGCACAGUUGCUGAAGUGGCUUUUUACACCCUUUGCUAGCUUGUACAUCAUCUUGCUAGAGCCAUUGUGAAGAUUCGACAAUACUAGGAGUAGAAGGUAGAGCUACUCCUGUUUCCUGUGCUGGGUUGCUUAUCCUGGAUCAGGGAGCGCUGUGGCUGUGGGUAGGUUCGUAUCACCAUAUCACCUAACGAAAGUGCCUACUUCUCAUGUAUGUUGUGGGAACAAAUGCAACGAGCGAGAGGGCCAUUGUUUUAUCUCGCAACAAGAAUGGAUACAACUCUUCUUGCAAUAGAGUUGCUCAUGAUGCUCAUCGACAUCUAUAAUUGAUCAUCUUGCUGGCACGUACUCAAAACGUUUGCGUAACAAAAAAACUGGCC